UCAAAUAAUAUCGAUUUGAUCAUUUGAAUUUCAUUUCAAUACAAAAUCUUCUAUCCACAUUGUAAAAUAAUAGCAUUACUUCGUAUUCUUCGUAAGUUUUCAGUCCUUUAUAGGCAGACACGUUUUCAACAUGGUACUCUAUUUUACUAGUACCGUGGUAUCCCCACCAGUCACACUUUUCAUGGGCGCAGAUAAAUUUGAAAAUGAAGAUUUAAUAAAGUGGGGUUGGCCUGAAGAUGUUUGGUUUCAUGUGGACAAAGUAUCAUCAGCUCAUGUUUAUCUCCGACUUGCCCCUGGCCAAACAAUAGAUGAUAUACCAAGUGCUGUACUAGAUGAUGCUUGUCAACUGGUCAAAGCUAAUUCCAUCAUGGGAAACAAAAUGAAUGACAUUGAUAUUGUUUACACAAUGUGGGCAAACCUUAAGAAAACUGCAUCAAUGGAGGUUGGGCAAGUAGCAUUUCAUAAAGACAAAGAAGUAAGAAAAGUUAAAGUAGCCAAAAGAAACAAUGACAUUGUGAAUAGACUAAACAAGACCAAAAAAGAAUCUUUUCCCGACCUGCGCAUUGAGAGAGAAACACGGGAUAGACUAGAGAGAGAAGACAAGAAGAAGCUGUUGAGAGACCAAAAAGAGAAGGAGAAAGAAGAAGAAAGACGGAAAAAGGAAGAACAAGAACUGAGGAGUUACUCAACAUUAAUGAAAUCAGAAAAUAUGUCUACUAAUUAUGAUGGAAAUGAUUCAGAUGAUUUCAUGUGAAAUGGAAUAAAUUAUGUUAGAAACUCA